AUGCACAUGCAUACAUUUCGUGUAUCGGUGCUUUUUGGAAUCUUGUCUCUACUAAUAGAAGGCUGCCGCGGUCACUUCGCCUCAAGCCAUCAUGCUCGUAGGGUCGGAUUUUUAUUACCCGUAACUGCGCAAUCAAGAGAACCAACCAGGUUGACCCGUUUAUCGGCAUCAGACUCGGACGUUAAUGGCGAAGCUUCCCCUGACUGCUACUGCGACUCAGAGACGUACAAAAGACUGAGUGCAUAUUUCACCGAUGAGGAAAAAUUAGUCGACGAGCAAUCAUUUGGGCCACUAAAGAACGCUUUUUUGCGCAAGAAAGAGUCUGGAGACGGCUUCAUUCCACUCUGCUUCAAUUUGGCUGCGUUAAGCGCUGUGCCGGAGGUGUUCCAUGCUAAUUUUCUCUCCCGUGGCGAAGACCAUUGGUCCACACUGCUGCAGAUUCGGAAGUUAUAUCUUGAGAAGAUCGCAAAGGAAGAAGCGUUGUCAAGGUUAUCAUCACGCAGGUCGGAGUUGGCAAAAGCUUUCCACACAUCUCCCGAAGCAGAUCAGGCGUCGCUGCGGGAAUCCAGUUUAGCACUUCGUGAUGAAACUAAGACAACAGAGUCACGUAUUAAAGAGCUGAAUGAACAGCUUGACACCUUGAUACAUACCCUGCCAAAUAUAAUAUUGGAGGAUGUGCCAGAGACGGAACUAAUUGUAGAGAAAAUUAGCACCGAUCCGAUACCGUCUGCCACAGGUGACGUCGUACCCCACCACGAGGUAAUCGAGCGUUUUAGCGACCCGUGCGUUUCGAGAUCAACUAAGAUCAGCGGUACCGGUUUUUCGGCCUACAGCGGCGACAUAAGUCGUCUGGAGCGCGCUUUGUUCAAUUACAUGCUCGACACGCAUCACAAGCUUUUCGGUUACAAAGAGCUGUCGGUGCCGUUUGUCGUGAAUGCUAGUACCUUGCGCGGCACAGGACACCUGCCUCGAUUUGAGGAGGACCUCUUUAAAUUGGAUGAGCGCCACCAGUGUAAUGGUGAUCGUGGUUAUUUGAUCCCCACGGGUGAGAUACCGCUAUUAGCCUUGUUUGGUAACAGCCGUGUUCCAGUGGACAAGUUGCCUCUGUGGUUGAUGACGUAUACGCCUUGUUUUAGGUCGGAGAUCCAGGAUUAUGGUCGUGAAACCCGCGGUCUGAUACGCAAUCACCAGUUCGGCAAGGUUGAGCUGAUAUGUCUGUGCGACUCUUCUGGCUCUGACCAUUUUCACAACUUGAUGUUAUCGCAUAUCGAAUACAUAUUGGGAUCACUUGCGUUGCCAUAUCGCCGCGUCCUGCUGCCUGCCAACCAGCUUGGGUCCACGUCAAGCAAGACUGUGGACUUCGAGGUGUAUUUCCCUUCUUUGAAAAAGUACAUCGAAGUGUCAAGUUGCAGUAACACAUUGGACUUUCAGUCCAAUCGACUGAAUCUGUUCAGCACCUCUCGAUCAAGGAUCCAUUGCAUCAACGGUUCCGGCGUCGCCAUAGGCCGCACCCUUUCGGCGAUUUUGGAAAACCACCAAAGUCUGGACGCUAACGGACGCCUAGAGAUUACUGUGCCUCAGGUGCUUAAACCUUAUCUGGACGGUGACCAGAAAUUAACGGAGCCGCUGCCAUGA